AUGGCAAUUGUACCUUGGGACAGCCAAACAUAUUGUACCUUAAGACACGUUCCAAGCUACAACAUAUGCUUGGUUCGUAAUACUGUCAGCACCCCUUAUUCAGGAGAGACCCAAUCUUCGAUGUCAUUUAACUUCCGUGUGGCACUGAACACCAUUUCGUUGAUAAUUCCGGCUGUGUGCACUGCAAUGUAUGCUGUUCUGCAAGAAUACUUACGUGUUCCACAAUGCCCAGAAGACUGGAAAGACAUUGCAGCUGGGUUCCAGGAGCUAUGGAAUUUCCCUAAUUGCAUAGGUGCUUUGGGCGGGAAACAUAUUAAUAUAGAACCUCCACCAAACUCAGGUUCUGCAUAUUGGAACUACAAACAUUUCUACAGCAUAGUUUUAAUGGCAUUGGUAGAUGCCAAUCUCAUGUUUGUGUAUGUCGAUGUGGGGACAAAUGGGAGAGUCAGUGAUGGUGGCGUGUGGGAUAAGUCCAAGUUGAAUGCAGCAAUGGAAGCUGGUGAGCUUUUCAUACCGAAAGCUCAACCAUUGCCUAACUCAAAUGUACUUGUUCCACAAGUCAUUGUAGCGGAUGAUGCCUUCCCACUUGGCAUACACUUAAUGAAGCCAUUCACUGGAGAUUAUCUGGAAGAGGACCAGAUUAUCUUUAAUUACAGGUUGUCAAGAGCUCGAAGAGUGUCUGAAAAUGCUUUCGGCAUCAUGGCUUCCCGUUUCCGCAUUUUCCAAACCAAAAUGCUUACGACACCAUCAAAUGCCUUCCAAAUUGUGAUGGCAGCCUGUGCUUUGCACAAUUUUCUAAGAGCAAGGUGCACAAAUCUUUACACACCUCCAUCAAGUAUCGAUAGAGAAGAUACAGAAAAGCACCAACUGUAUCCAGGUAGUUGGAGGGAAACUCGCAAUAAGUUUAUUAAUCUACAUAAAAACUCUGCACAUGGAACAGCGCUGGCAAAGCAAGUUCGCAGUAAAUUUAAGGAAUAUUUUAAUGGUCCUGGAGCUGUUCCAUGGCAGUGGAAAAUGUGUAACCUUCAUUAG